GGCAACGUCGCUCUUUGCUUCCAUCUCCAUUCCUUGGUUUGUGGAAAAUUUUGUUUCUUUUGUUGCUCGAAGCGACUCAGAAGAAUUCCUCGCUCGCUGAAAUACUCUGGACGAGCGUUUUCUAAUUAUAUGGGCGUUGAAAAGUGUUUGAUUGAUUAAAGAAUUAACGACAUAAAUUUCAUUCGUGUGCCUAUUAAAAGUCUGGAGAUUUCUUCAUGUUUGGGCAUUCGUCGAGGCGUGGGGUCUUGUAGGGUUAAGUGACAGUGACAAUCCCCAUCGUGUUCUUGUGUUACGUGUGUAUUAAACUAGGUUCCGAGCAUUAUGAAAUGAACUACAGCGAUAGCUCGUACAGUGCAAUUCGUUUCAUGCAAUGCUCCUUGAUUUUAAAGAAGACUAUAGAAGAGAACAUGUGCUAUCUUGAUUGGAAUGGCCAGCAACGACCAACAAUGGGCCAUUACUAGUCGGGCAAAACAACAAAUCAGGCAAACUAAGAGGAGGGAGAGAGCCCAGCGUAUGCACAUGCAGGCCCAGCAGAAGGAAUGUGUUGAUUCAUCCCAAGGAUCACACGGUGGCAUCCAUUCCAAUUCACACAGUGUUGGUGGUUUCUCAUCACGGGUACCAGCCUUUUCUAGCCCGUUGUGCCAUGAGAGUAAUGAAGAUGAGGAUAGUGAGACAUCCUAUAGUGAGGACAAUCAAAAGCCUUUAAAAACAACUAAGAACAAGAGCAGCAGCAGUGGUCCCAAACUUGCUGAACCCUUGUAUGAAGAAGAUGUGAUUGAUGGAUUUGCUAUUAUUAGCUUCUCUACGUAUGAGGACUUGGAGGAUGCUGUGAGGAUUACAGAAAAAACGUCUUGCCUACCAGAUCCUUUGGUACCUUUGGAUACCAAAGAAAGAAAUCGUUCAAGUCCGGGACAGCGAAGUAGUAAAAAAUCAAACACCAGCCGAAGUAAUGGAGCCAUCAAAGGGCGAUGUGGUCUCGACAGUACAUCUCAGCCUUCCGUUAGCCACACCAACGGUCCUCCUGCUGAGACCAACAGUGUUAGCGUCAAACCGGAAGCGGCGAUUGACUCGGGAUCUCGGGACUCCCGGGCCACAUCUAUUGAUAGAUUCAGUGAUGUCAGUCGACACAGCAACUCUUCAAGAGGCUACCUUUGUGAUAGUGAAAGUGAGGAACUUGAGAAAGCCAACAACCACCAGGAACUAAGAGGGCUCAGUCCAAAUGGUGGUAAUAACCGGCCAACCGAAUUCGUAGCACCUGUUAAGCGUUCUUUCAGUCCUGGCCAUGCCAGUGUGGCCACUAAUAGCCACAGUACCAUAAGUAACGCGAGUAGUUCUAGCGGUAGUAGCUCUAAUGCUCCGGCGGCAGGAGAGAACUGCAACAACUUACGUUGGGUUGGUCUUUCUGGAAGUCCCCGUCCUGCCACUGCUGUUGCCCCCCUCGGCCAUCUCCAGAAUGGACCGAGACUAUCGGAUUGUCAACCAACGGAAGGAGGUGCCGGUCCGAGUCCGGAUGGACCUCCGGCAGCUCCUUCACCUCGGUUACCGCUGCAUCCUCCGGUUGCUGGAUCUCCACUUAACACAUUUCAACACACCUCCAGCCCGUCGACUAAUCCGGUUCCUGUUUUAAGAAGUGGCGGCUUUAAUUCUCACCCCAUCCCGCAAUUUACAGCUCCUUCAAGUUGUCCACCUCUCUCCUACGUUGCUCCGCCAUUCAGUACGACGGCACAGUCGAUGUCUGGUCCCAAGCCACCGUCACCUGUCGCUCGUAUCUCAGCGGAAAGCAGCAGAUCAGGCGAGGGACAGAGGCAGCAGCAACCACCACCACAGCCGCAUCCACCGCAGCAGCUACCAACUGCGAUGAUUCCUCCGCUGUCGUCUCAAAAGUUACCGCCACCUCCUGCUCCUUACGUGAAGCCGCCCAGUCCGUUUCAUCCCAACAACUCAACGACAGGAAUUCGACCGGUCUUCUCUUCAGCGCCUUCCAAUGUCCCGCCAACGUCUAGCCUAUCCUCCCCUGCACCUCCUUCUGUGUUCAGCACCAGCUCAUCCUUCCCCUUCUUCCCUCCAGUGUCUAUGGCUCGAACUAUACCAAAUCACAAUAGCAACAGCAGCCACCCGACAACAACAACAACUUCAAGCGGAUUUCCAACACCUUUCCUGGCUCCGUCUCCGCCUAUUGUUGCCUCAACUCCGCCAGCUCAGCCAAAGCACACCUCUCUCGGCGCUCCCCCAAUGGCAUUCGGCGACCCACCGUUUGCAUUGACACGACUUCCGUUUUCCACGGCUUCGUUUGCGCCUACAAGUUCAGCUAAACCGGUUACGUCAGUUGCUGAAAUCGCGCCCAAUUCAUCACGCCCUAGUAGCCGAACAUCAUCAUCAUCUUCGUUGUACAACAACAAUGAACCCAGCAGCAGGGACAGAACGGGCAGCUUACCGUUUCCUGGCCACUCUUCUACGACGAGGUCACCUAGUCUACCUCCUCCACUUGCUCCCUCAACCUUUCCCAUACCAGUUUCUUCUGCGUGGCCCCGUCCGCCGCAUCCUGACUCAUCAAGACAAUACAGCCCUAGCCCCAAUCCUGGGUCAAAACGUACUUCGCCCACGGUUCGUCCUUCCGGCGGCAGACAGAGUCCUGGAAAGGAUGCAUUGCCUCUGGUGACUGGAAGAGCCCCAGGUCCUUCUCCAAUUUCGCAAAUGAGCACAGAGUCGUAUUCUGACAUGCUUAGACGUGAGCUGGACUCGAGAUUUCUCAAUUCGACGCCCAAUAUGAGUUCGCUUCUUCCACCGCCGCCUCUGUCCGCCACACCCGGUCCCAACAAACUAUUGGAUCCUUCUUCUUUGUACCGCCCGAUGAUGCCUCACAUGGGUCUACCUGGUUUAAAUCCAUCGCCGUAUCCGCCGCAUUCCGUUGGAUAUGGUGUGAAUUCAGUACCGUCCUCCGCCAUGAGUGUCAGUUCUGCGAUGGGUCAGCCGCAGUCGGGUGGCGGAAUUCUCAGCAAUCUCGGAGGAAUGUCCCUACCACCUGCGCCGUCCAGCUUGUCUCUUCCGCCUAAGAAACCUGGCAAGUGGAAUGCCAUGCACGUCCGAAUAGCAUGGGAGAUCCACCAGAAUCAACAACGGCAGCCCCGGGAUAUGCAAUUGGAUCCGAAAAAGAUGAUGAGUUUGGCGCCUAAAUUGAACCUAGGAAUAUCUACAGGUCCACCUCAAGGCCCAUCAUCUCAUCCCCCUCAACUUCCUCCUCACCCGCCACAUCAGACUCAUGCAAAGUCGACAGGCGGCUUUGAUACCUUGCCCAGCGCGCUCAAUUCGCACAAUUCGCCAUUUGGUUAUACCCAUCACAACAUGGCCGGCUUUCUUCCCCGUAUUCCUUCCGUCCCUACACCUCCUCCUUCUCACCAUUCAAUGCAGCCACCUGGUGGAGUGAGACACAGUCCGGCACCCGAUCAAUGGACAAGAAUGCCACAUUCUUCAUCGUCGUCCUCGAUGACGGCCCCUUGGCUGGCCCCGUUGAUGAGCGCCGGAUCGAUGUCAUCGAUGAAAUCCGAGCAGUCCCCGACGACGUCUCAUCAUAGCGCUGCUGCUGCAAUGUCCAACCAUCAUCAGAUGGCCAAAGAGAGAGAGAGACAGAAGAAGGAAGAACGAGAGCGUGAGCGUGAAAGAGAACGUGAAAGGGAGCGGGAACGGGAACGGGAGCGGGAACGAGAGCGCGAAAGAGAAAGAGAACGUGAAAGAGAGAGGGAACGGGAGCGAGAAAAGGAAAGACAAAAGGAGAGAGAAAGGAGUGAGAGACAAGAGCGUGAAAAGAAGAGAGAGGAGGAAAAGGAACGAGAAAGGAGGAGACACGCCUCUCGAUCCCCACUACAUCCACAUUCACGGCCGUCGGCCAACGGUGGUUCUUCGAAAUCGGAUCAGUCCAACAAAUCAAACGCCUCGCAGUCCAUGUCCAGCAAUCUUCCGCCGUUAUCAUUCCAUCCGGGGAUGCAAAUGCCCGCCAACAUGUUGGACCGAUCCCGUAUGGGGAUGCACACGCCGUUGCACGCGUACAGCCACGGUUCCUUCGAUCCUUUCAGAGACGUCCUGCGUGGGAUGGAUCCGAUGCGGGAGAGUAUGGAUCGCGAAUCGUUUUUGAGAAACUACGGUGCGGCAGCCAAUCAUCUGGCAUUAGGUGGACCGGGACUGCACGGAUACGGGACACCUCCUUCUUCUUAUGGAUUGCCUGGACUUCCUCCCGACCGAUACAGAGACGGGUUAUCGUUGCCUCCUCACCUCGGCCACCCAUCUAUGGCUGGAUCCUAUUCCUUGGCCGGUCAACAAGGUGGACCGUAUGGGCAGCAAAAUGAUCGCUUUGGAUCUCUUCCAGGGAUGAGUGGAGCCCCGACUCUCUAUCCGCCCACUUCAACGUCGUAUCCGUUUCCGCCUCUAGGCCCUGGUGGACUUUUAGGAGCCGGAUUGGGAAGUGGCAUGAGCUCCUUGUCAAUGUUGCCUCAAUCGCUGUUGACUUCUGGUGGUAAACGGACUCCACCGCCAUCGGGACAACCACCGACAUCACUCCCGGGUUCGUCGGCGCUGGCUUCGCUUGGGCGGACUCACAUGGGUCUCAUGCCGGCCGGCCUAGGGUUGUCACCAUAUCCAAUGCCGUCACCAUCUCCUCACAUGAUGAAUCCGCAUCACUUGCUCCCUCCGCACCACGGGUCUUCUAUGGGAGGCGCCCGACCGCCCUCCAAUAGUACGCCUCCAUCCGGUGUGGGUCGUCCUUUAAUGGAUUUGACGUCGCCGCAUCCUUCCUCCGGCUUAGCGCCCUUUAAUCCGAUGGAUCCGUAUCCUCGCAAAGACGACCCCCAAUCGCGGUAGCAAUAGCACAAGUGCAGUGUACUCUCACUAAAAAAAAAAUACUAGACGAUCAUCAUCAUCAUCGGUUUCCUCUUUCUUUCUUUUUCACACAAAAAUUCAAUACGCUCUCCCCUGCGUCUUGCCAUCGCUUCUCUUUUCUUUAUAGUGUGAAGGAAUUCCAGUGUUUGAUUCGACGAACGAGUGACGUAAUGAACCUCAUUUCUUUCGGUGCAAACGUUUUUUUCGCUCACUCUUCGUCACACAUGCCAAUCUUCCUGCCCUAUUUCCUCUCAUGCGCGUUAGAUCUGACUACAUGAAAAAAUCGACUGGUGUAGACAUGAAUUUUUUGUAGGCCCCUCUCUUCUCUCAUUCUUUUCCUUCCUUUUUUACUAUUCUGGAAUUUCUGUUCGAUUAAAAAUGAAAACACGAAGAAGCAUCUGUCUAUUUUGUAUUGAGAUAUUACGGCAUAUUAGUGGACCUUUGCUGUACAUUUUCGUCCUCUGCCUUGAAUGUAUUUUCUUUUGUUUUUUUUUUUUUCUCAUGAGGUUCUAUUUAUUUCAGUUUUUCAGUUCUACCCUCUUCGAUUUCUCUCUAUGCGGCGCGCGUCUCUGUUGUUUCUCGUGUCUCGUAAAAAUUUCGAUGUAUUGUUGAAUCUUUCCAAUCCCCCUAACCCUCCCACGAAUGAUUUAUGUGACGUGUCGAGCAUUUUGUCUUUAUAUUAUACAAACUAUUAAAGCGAUA